AUGAAUGGCUUGGUGACGACGAGUCCAAUGGGUCGAGCCUCGGUGCAUCUCCACUCUUCUCUACCCAUCACUUUACGCUCGACGCAGCCACCGUCAGGGACAUGUCUAGUCUUGUCGCCGCCUUUGCCGUCUCGCAGGACUCCACGACUCGUCUGUAUGGCCGAACCUUACCUCGUUACGAAAAUGGAGUCUGUUGAGAAGACAUGGAAGGAGAUAUCAGUAAAACUAGCUGACCCAGAUGUUGUCUCAAAUCCUUCUGAAUACCAAAAACUGGCACAGUCCAUGUCGGAGCUUGACGAGGUUGUAUCCGUCUUCAGGAGAUUCAAGGACUGUGAGAAGCAGUUACUAGAAUCCAAAGUUUUGGCGAAAGAGGCUGGAGAUGAUGAAGAUAUGGCUGAAAUGAUUGGAAGUGAAAUCAACUCGCUCUCUAAAGAAAUUGAGGAGCUUGAAAAACAACUUAAGAUGUUACUUCUUCCUACCGAUCCUCUUGAUGCCAGAAACAUAUUGCUCGAAGUUAGAGCAGGAACUGGUGGAGAUGAAGCUGCAAUUUGGACUGGUGACCUUGUAGAAAGCUUCAUAUCAAACACUGAAUCAAUCUUGCUAUACUUGCAGGUGCGGAUGUAUCAGAGGUACAGCGAGCGCAGCUCUUGGAAGUUUUCUCUGGUUUCAUGCUCUGAGGCUGAGCAUGGAGGUUACAAGACGUGUGUGAUGGAGAUAAAAGGGAAUCGUGUCUAUAGCAAGCUGAAAUACGAAUCUGGUGUUCAUAGAGUCCAGCGUGUUCCUCAAACAGAAACACAGGGCCGUGUACACACUUCUACAGCGACUGUUGCCAUCAUGCCAGAGGCUGAUGAAGUGGAAGUUGUGAUUGACCCGAAAGACAUUGAGCUUACAAGUGCAAGAUCUGGUGGCGCUGGAGGGCAAAAUGUGAACAAGGUGGAGACGGCUAUAGAUCUAUUCCACAAACCAUCAGGUAUACGCAUUUUCUGUACAGAAGAAAGGACUCAGAUACGAAACAAGGCUCGUGCUUUCCAGCUUCUGCGAGCAAAACUGUAUGAAAUUAAAGUACGGGAACAACAAGAGAAGAUAAGGAAUCAGAGAAAAUCUCAGGUUGGGACUGGAGCUCGUUCAGAAAAGAUAAGAACAUACAAUUAUAAGGAUAGUAGAGUCACUGAUCAUAGGCUAAAGAUGAACUUUCCGCUUACAUCAUUUCUUGAAGGUGGCUUAGAGGAUGCAGUGCAGGCUUGUGCUGCUUUGGAGCAAAAGGAACUCAUGGAAGAACUGUCCGAGUCUGUCGCUGCUUCUGGAUAA